GUUGACGAUGCGCCGCCUUGUAGAUCUGCAGCGCCGUUCUGAGCAACGUCAUCAGUUUGCGCGCGCGAACAAAUUGGUCUGGCGUCGCGUAAACAAAGAAGCGGCACGAUGAACCAGAGCGGAUUCAAUCUGCAAAAGGUACAUGGAAGUGGUGGCUAUGACUCCGAUUUCAGUGAUGAUGAAGGUGGAGGAGGAUCAUCACAACAAAACAGGAAAUGUGAAGAUGAGCUUAUGCAGAAGCCAUUCCAGCAAGGAAAACACACGAAGGUCGCACAUAGAAAUGUGGCUGCUGAUGAAUGGGACAGAGAGGAGGCCAGGAACCGACGCCACCAUCUCAUUUCAAUGAAUGCUUUUGAUAGACAUAAGAAGUUUGUCAGUGAUUAUAUUCUGUACUAUGGAGGAAAGCCAGAGGACUUCAAAAGAUCCAUGGCUACAGAUAAGUCUGAUCUGGAUGUGGUGAGAGAAAACCAUCGCUUUCUCUGGAACGAUGAGGAUGAGGAGGAUAUGACAUGGGAAAAAGAGCUUGCCAAAAAGUAUUAUGAUAAGCUCUUCAAGGAGUACUGUAUUGCGGACCUAAGCAGAUACAAAGAAAAUAAGUUUGGAUUUAGAUGGCGUGUUGAAAAUGAAGUAAUAUCAGGAAAAGGCCAGUUUCUAUGUGGGAACAAGCGCUGUGAGAAGCAGGAGGGUUUGAAGAGUUGGGAGGUGAACUUUGCCUAUGUGGAGCGAGGCGAGAAGAGGAACGCUCUGGUCAAACUGCGUCUCUGUCCAGAAUGCUCCUUCAAACUGAACUAUCACCACAAGAGAAAGGAGGUCAAAGUUAAGAAAAAACGCAGACCAAGAGACGAUGGAGAUGAGCCGCAGGCAAAGAAAUUCAAGUCGUCAUCCCAUUCUAAGAAACAUAAACGCAAGGAGAAGCACAGACGCGAAAAGAGACCGAAAGAGUACUCGUCGUCCAGUUCAGAAGAUUCUGUGGAAUCAGACAAAGGGGAUGGUGAGGGCCCCUCAGAGUCCGAGCACUGGAAAGGCCCAGUUCCUGCUACAGGGGAGAAGUCACGGGAGGAGGAGUUUGACGAGUACUUUGAGGACAUGUUUCUCUGAGAACACUGGGCACACAGAACAAUCUGGAAAUGUAACUGCAAAGUUUUUGUAUAUAAUCCAUUGCUGUUCUGAGAUCAGUGAACACUUUGAAUAAAAACAAGGACCCUCUUUUGU